ACCGCGCGUCAGCACCGGUGGGCCAAGAUGGCGGCGCCCAGCGGCAGCGGCGGCGAUGGCGGCGCGGCCCGGUACUGCCUGGUGAGCGGCAUCCCGGCCGCGCUCCGCUCAGCGCAGCUCCGCGCCUACUUCAGCCAGUUCCUGGAGGCCGGCGGCUUCCUCUGCUUCCACUACCGGCACCGGCCCGAGCGCCCGCCAGCGGGCGGCGGCGGCGGGGCCUCGGCGCCGCGCACCUGCUCCUGCCUGGUGUCCGUGCGGCCCGGCCGCGCCCGCCGCUUCGUCCGCAUGUACUCGGGCAAGCGCUGGGUCGGGCCCGGCGGCGCCGCGCUGCCCGGCCGCUGCCUCAUCCGCAGGGUGCGCCUGAGCGCCGGGACAGGCCCCGAGGCUCCUCCCGGCGGCCCGGCCGGGGCUGUUGUCACCGAGGCGGAGCUGAAGCGGCUGCCCGAGUUCAACCCGCCCUCCUUCAUGCCCCGCGGCAACGUGGGCACCCCCCUGGGCGAGUUCCUGGAGCUGAUCCGGGCCUGCAGGCUGCCCCCCCGGGUGAUCAGCAAGCUGCAGCUGUGCUUCCCCAGGACGGGCUCCUCCCGCAGGUACGGCAACGUGCCCUUCCAGUACCAGGGCACCGACACCCUGCCCGGCGAGGACAGAGUCUACACGGCUGCCGGGGAUGAGAUCACCGAGGGAGAGGAGCCCGUGGCGGCGCUGACUCAGCCAGCCCAGCCCCAUGAGGAUGAGGAGGAGCAGGAGGAAGAGCAGUCGAGCUCCGGUGACGAUGAUGACACGUGCGAGGAGUGGCAGCGGCACGCGGCGCUGCACGAGGACGUGACGCAGCAGGAGCGCGCGCGGGAGCGGCUCUUCGAGGAGGAGAUCGAGCUCAAGUGGGAGAAGGGCGGCUCCGGCCUCGUGUUCUACACGGAUGCCCAGUUCUGGCAGGAGCAGGAUGGAGACUUUGACGAGCAGACGGCCGACGACUGGGACGUGGACAUGAGCAUCUACUAUGACAAAGAUGGAGGGGACAAGGACGCUCGCGACUCGGUGCGGAUGUGGCUGGAGCAGCGGCUGCGGGCUGGGCUGGAGGAGGGAUCCGUGUCAGGGCAGCACAUUGGCACCUUCGAGAGGCACACCAAGGGCUUUGGCAGGAAGGUCCUGGAGCAGCAGGGCUGGACAGAGGGGCUGGGCCUGGGGAGCAACAACUCUGGCAUGGCAGAAGCUCUGGACAACGAGGGCCAGAACCCCCGGUGCAAGAGGGGGCUGGGGUACCACGGGGAGAAGCUGCCAACCUUUGUAAGGAGGAAGAAGCCCCGUGGUGACAGCUCUGUUGUCAUCUCCACCAUCUACGAUGACCCUGAGCCCCAGGACAUGGGUGACCAGCUGCUCAGGCGCCAGCCCCCCACGGCCAUGAAGUACAGACAGGACAUGGCCUUUGUCCGAGCGUCCCAGCCCGCCCUGGGCAGCCUCAGCGCCCAGCCACGCUGAGCAGGGACUGUCACAGCCUCUGUCCUGCUCCCCAGUCCAGGCUGGCUCCUGGUCUGAGCGGAAGCAGGGUGUUUUUGUAUUUAUUUUUGGUAAAAAUACAGAUUUGUAAUUAAAAUCGCCACAGUGUUUUUUUUUUUCCCCCCACAAAUUGAACCCUUCAAAUGAAAGGAAAUGAUGUUCUGUGUGAAUGAAGAAGGAUUUAGGGUGAUUAACACUUACAUUCAUGCUGGGAUCAACCAAAUGUGUGCGUUUGUGAGGCUGAGGAAGCAGAACUGCAGCCGAGGAGUAGGGGAAGGACAA